GUUAUGACCGUUUGUCCAGUAUCCGAGUUAAAGCGCCAGUCAAAGAUUAGCCCAUAUUCGAAAUCCGAAUAUUGUACCGCGGAGUAUUCGUCACAAAACAAGAGAUUAAGUUCCACCUCGAAGGCGGAGAGGCUGUCGACUGCCUAGAAUCUUCUGGAAUAAUACGGCAGAUUCGAAUUUCGAAUAUCGACGAGGUUUCGUUUCUUUCUCGAAACGAGUAGAGGGUUCACAGAGAGCGCCACAGUUCGCGGCCAUAUUGUUGAUGUAUCACGUGACCAGGGGAGCAGUGAGGUGAAUGCGCCGGGUCACAUUCGCCAGGCAUUUAACAGGAAAAUUCACGUGUGUUAUUGAAGAUAAAUUUUGUAGUAACCGCAGCUUGAAAUCCGUUCGGCAUAAUGGAUCCGAGAAAAUUGACAGAAUUGCUGCGCGCCACCAUAGACCCGGCCCAGCAGAAACAGGCCGAAGAACAGCUCGCCCAGAUCCAUAAAAUCAUUGGGUUCGCUCCGAGCCUUCUUCAAGUCGUCAUGUCUACCGAAGUCGACAUGCCAGUCAGACAGGCUGGUGUUAUAUAUUUGAAAAAUUUAAUUACAACAAAUUGGGCUGAACGUGAGGUUGAAGUUGGAGCUCCCGUGCCAUUCAGUAUACACGAACAAGAUCGUGCAAUGAUUCGAGAUGCCGUAGUAGACGCUGUGGUGCACGCGCCAGAGCUGAUAAGAAUUCAAUUAGCUGUCUGCAUAAGCAAUAUAGUGAAACAUGACUUUCCCGGACGAUGGACACAAAUCGUUGACAAGAUUACGAUAUAUCUUCAAAAUCCAGAUGCCUCGUGUUGGCCCGGAGUACUUCUUGCACUUUACCAGCUCGUAAAGAAUUUCGAAUAUAAAAAGGCAGAAGAAAGGGGUCCCCUUAACGAAGCAAUGAACCUUUUAUUUCCUAUGGUUUACCAACUGAUAUUACGACUAUUACCCGAUCCCUCGGAACAAUCGGUUCUUUUGCAGAAACAAAUACUCAAAAUAUAUUUUGCACUCACACAGUAUUCACUUCCACUGGAUCUUAUUUCGAAAGAAGUAUUCUCACAAUGGAUGGACGUUGUCCGUCAGGUCGCCGAUAGACCCGUUCCCCUAGAAGACAAGCAUCUAGAAUUAUUUGAUGACGAACGUGCAGAGUUGCCGUGGUGGAAAUGUAAAAAAUGGGCACUGCACAUACUUCACAGGAUGUUCGAAAGAUAUGGCAGCCCAGGAAAUGUAACCGUAGAAUAUAAAGAAUUUUCCGAAUGGUAUUUGCAGACCUUCAGUGCAGGUAUUUUGGAAGUUCUGCUGAAAAUCUUGGAUCAGUAUCGAAGAAAGAUUUGGGUUUGUCCCAGAGUCUUGCAGCAGUCGAUAAACUACAUAAAUCAGGGAGUGAGCCAUGCAUAUUCGUGGAAAUUCUUGAAGCCGCACAUGUUUGAGAUUAUUCGUGACGUGCUGUUUCCAAUUUUGUCACAUUCUCCGGCAGACGAAGAACUCUGGAAGACUGAUCCUCACGAAUACAUUCGAGUUAAAUUCGACAUUUUUGAGGAUUUUGUUUCACCUGUAACUGCUGCGCAAACGUUGUUACACUCCGCGUGUAAAAAGCGGAAAAAUAUGUUACCGAAAACCAUGCAAUUUAUUAUGGAAGUUUUAACCAGUCCCAUCGCUGAGCCUAGACAAAAAGAUGGAGCCCUUCAUAUGGCUGGAACUUUGGCGGAAGUGUUGUUGAAGAAGAAAAUAUUCAAAGAAGAAAUGGACAAAUUAUUGAUGCAGUAUGUGUUCCCAGAAUUUGCGAGUCCGCACGGUCACAUGAGAGCAAGGGCCUGUUGGUUCCUUCAUCACUUCUCUGAGAUCAAGUUCAAACAGGAAGCAAUUCUGGUAGAAGCUAUUAGAUUGACGACAAAUGCGCUUCUGCAUGAUCGUGACUUGCCGGUCAAAGUUGAGGCUGCAAUCGCUCUGCAGAUGCUGCUUUCUGCACAGGAUAAAGCGCAGAAGUACAUCGAACCGUUGAUAAAGCAAAUUACGUUAGAACUUCUAACAAUUAUUAGGGAAACUGAAAACGACGACCUGACCAGUGUGAUGCAAAAGAUAGUUUACACAUAUACGGAACAACUAAUGCCUAUCGCCGUUGAAAUCUGUCAGCAUUUGGCUACGACUUUCAGUCAAGUACUGGAGACUGAUGAGGGCAGUGAUGAAAAGGCUAUAACAGCAAUGGGUCUUCUAAAUACGAUUGAAACACUGCUCACCGUUAUGGAGGACCAACCGACUAUAAUGGUUCAGUUACAACCGACUGUACUACAAGUAGUGGCUCAUAUUUUCGGACAGAGUGUUAUGGAGUUUUACGAAGAAGCCUUGUCAUUGGUUUAUGACUUGACCGGAAAAACUAUUUCGGAGGAUAUGUGGAAAGUCCUCGAACUCAUCUAUCAGCUGUUCCAAAAGGACGGUUUUGAUUACUUCACAGACAUGAUGCCGACACUUCAUAAUUACAUCACCGUAGACACACCAGCCUUUCUUUCAAAUGAAAACCACAUAUUAGCCAUGUUCAACAUGUGUAAAGCUAUUUUAACUGGCGACGCUGGCGAGGAUCCUGAAUGCCAUGCUGCUAAGCUGUUGGAAGUUAUUAUUUUGCAAUGCAAAGGUCACAUCGAUCAGUGUAUACCAUCAUUGAUACAAUUGGUUUUGGAACGUUUGACGAGAGAAGUGAAGACAUCAGAGCUGCGCACAAUGUGCCUUCAGGUAGUUAUUGCCGCGCUUUAUUACAAUCCGGCUCUGUGCAUCGAAGUUAUGGACAGACUUCAAAGCACUAUUGGACAAUCUACACAACCAAUAGCAUCACAUUUCAUUAAGCAAUGGAUACACGAUACGGAUUGUUUUCUGGGUCUGCACGAUCGAAAACUUUGCGUUUUGGGAAUGUGCACUUUGAUUAGUAUGGGGCCCGCAAGACCGGCUGCAGUCAACGAAUGCGCUCAACAAAUUAUUCCUUCGCUAAUUCUUUUGUUCGACGGACUCAAACGAGCCUAUGCGGCAAAGGCUGCUGAAUGUGACGACGACGAUAAUGACGAGGAAGAAAGUGAUUUAGAAGAAGAAGUAUUGUCAUCGGACGAAGAUGAAAUUGACGACAGUGGUCAACAGUAUCUUGAGAAUUUGCAAGAGAAAGUAAGUAAGGCGUCGGGCCAGCAUGGAUUCAAUAUGACCAGCACGAUACGAGAUGGUCACGGAGAUCAUAGAUCCGACGAUGACGAUGAUGACGAUUCUGAGUAUGAAGCAAAUGAGGAAACUGCUCUGGAGAGCUAUACGACUCCAUUAGACUCCGACGAGACCAAUCAAGAUGAAUAUGUUUUCUUCAAGGAAAUCAUGCAAAACAUCGAAGCUUCAGACCAACCUUGGUACAAAGCUCUUACGAGUCACUUGACAUCUGAACAACAGAAAGCAUUGCAAGAAAUAAUUCUUCUUGCCGAUCAACGUAAAGCAGCCCUGGAAAGUAAAAGAAUUGAACAAAGUGGUGGAUACGCCUUCCACCAGCAGACUGUACCAACUUCGUUUAAUUUUGGUGGAACCCCUUUAAGCCGAUAAGAUAUUCUAACGAUUUUAUUCUAGAACGAUAAGUAAAUUUCAAAACAGAAAAAAAAAAUAAAUAAAUGAAUAAAUAAUGUAUAAAAUAAUGAAAUUGGACACUUACAGUACGAGACUGUAACUUGACCACUUCGAAGACAUUAUGCAUUUCCUAUUUACUAUUUUUAUGUAUAAACUAAAUGUACUUUGUAACAAGGCAAUCAUGUCCAAUGCUCGUACUAAAUGUAUUUGGAAAAAUAUCUUUCGUUUUGUGCGCUGUUCUUGCUACGUCGUGUUGCCAAUAACAUACGCCUAUAAAUAUUAAAAUUUUCGCCACUGUUAUCCAUUUGUGACGCAAACAAUUAUCUGUAUCAAUUGCGACACUAGAAAUUAACUGCUGACAAACUUACGAACAGAUGAAUUUAUUUUAUUUAUUACAAGGGCUAAUUUUUUCCUGCUUAAAGAGUUGUACAAAGGCUAUGAUGAUAUAAUAGGAUUUGCUUUCCAUAUCAACUGGGCUAUCUUUUCACAACUUAAAGACUAGGCUAUACUUUGAGUGAAAAAAUAAAAAUGUCGAAUGGUUUUUGUUUUUCUCUAUUAGUCACAACAUUCGAAAUACCCAGGAGAAAUAUAAACUUUUUUUUUUUUUUCUUAAAGAAAUAUUUAAAGAAAACCUAAUAUCAUAUCCGAUCUUUGGUAAAAAUCAAAUCAAUAGUGCCAAUGAAUAAAGAAUAGCGGUUCAGUUGAUGGAAAAAAAGUACGAAAUACCGACACACAAUGAUGAUAAUUAUAAUACCACAUUUAGUGAACUGAAUAUGAAAUGGCUGAGAUAUAAUUACGUAUUUAUGACUAAAAAAAAAAAAAAGUUGAAGAGAUAGGAAUAUAAGGAAAGUCCGUGCAUCCCCAAAUUGCGCUGUAUAGAGGCAAUAUU